AUGGAUAUCUUUUUGAAAGCCAUCAAUCGCAGGGGCUCGGAAUUUGAGCUACAUGAGCAUUUUGCUCGCAUCCUCCAUAACCCCCCAUAUCUUGCUCGUCCCUCGGAUACACCAGUAAACUUCAGGGUACGCUUUACAAGGGAUAGGAAAGGUCGUCCCAGAAUGGCCAUAUUGACCAUCUCGGACGUCGCUGUCGCGGAGGCGCUUCUUCGCGCCCAGUCCACUGUGCCUCCAUUUCAAGGGACGAGGAUUGGGAUGCAGCGGAGCAACCGCCCUUUGGAUAAGGUUCUACUGAACCUUCUUCAGUCCACACCGUACGAAGGGCCUGGACCGCUCCAAAGACUCCAGGAGGCACGCGACAGACUUGCAGCGGUUAUAAAUUUCGACACUCUUGCUUUUGGCUGGAUCGAUCGGGAUAACACUUAUUCCAUUGAAUGGAAGACUCAAUGUCGUGAGGGUUCCCUCAGUUUUGAUGCACUCAACUCGACCAUCGAGGUCCAGUUCGCCCAAAACCCAUCCUCAGAUGACUCGCUGGAAUCGAUGCUCAGAUCACUGUCACUACGCACCGUGCUGAACCAUAUAUCAUGUCCCUUUAGGCAACUUGAUUCCUUGAGACAUCUUGCCACCACCGAAACAGCAUACAUCGAAAUCACAUUCAAAGUGCCUCCCGUAUUCUCAACGGUUACCACGAUGCUGCAGGAUGACCCUGUUCACAAAAGGGUGAGGGCCACGGCGAUUGGAUUACCAAGACGCAAAGUCGGGUUCAUCUCUUUGGCUAUGAUCUUAACGUUGCGAAGUCCUUUUCAAUCAGCCCUUAAAAGCUUUAAAGAGAUGGCCAGAUAUAUUAAUUGCGAAUCAGUGCCCAUGCAACUGCCACCGGCGAAGCGUCAUCACUUUCAACUCAGUUGCCUCGAUGACAUUGAGGGCUGGAUUUCGACGUUCCCGUGGCCAGCGUCAUUUCAUUGCGCCUCACUUCUCCAUAACUGGUUGCUCAGCGCGAAGGAACUCCGCGACAUUCGUCCAUUCAUAAAAGAAAGUACAUCAGACAUGUCUGGUGACACGCUGGAGAGAUUUUUCGAGUAUCUGGCUAUGAACCUGAGAAGUAUGAUCGGCGAUCGGAUUCAACCUGGACCGGAGGCUGGGGAGAAAAUUCGAGACUCUCUGGAAAGUUGCGUGCGAGAAGCGGAACAGAGCGCUAGGAUCAGGCUACCCUACCAGUCCGCCCAAUUUUCGUGCCUAUCGGUGAAGGUUACGCCUACACGGAUCGUCCUUGAAGGUCCAUUUCCUGAACAAUCGAACCGAGUGCUGAGAAACUAUGCCGGGAAUGAAGACGCGUUUAUUCGUGUGCACCUUACGGACGAGGAUGAGCAUCCUCUCAGAAUCGGGGGUGACAUGGACCAUGGCCAACUUGUCAGGGACAUUGUGUGCCAGACAUUAAAGAACCCACUGUCAAUUGCUGGUCGGAAGUUCAAGUUCUUGGCUUACUCAAAUUCAGCUUUGAAACAACACAGCGUAUGGUUCGUUGCUGACUUUGUGGACCCAAGAUUAGGACUCGUAACUGCAUCCACAAUCCGGCGUACCUUGGGGAACUUUGAUAAGAUUAUUACUUGCCCUGCCCGAGUGGGAGCCAGAAUGUCUCAAGCUUUCACAUCGACGGAUCCGACAAUAAUUGCCGAGAACAUCGAAUCCAUUCGUGAUAUCACUUCCGAGUUUUAUGAUCACCGGACAGGCAAAGUCAGGAGCAUCAACUUCACGGAUGGGAUUGGGACGAUAUCCAGAGAAACCGCCGAGAACAUCACUUCUGUGUUGGAGGCCCGUAGCAUGGUAAAGCGUCGUCAACAAAUGAUGAAUGUUCACAGUGCAUUCCAGAUUCGACUUGGCGGGCAUAAAGGGAUGUUGUCCGUGGAUUAUACUCAACGGGGCUCUGCGAUCCGAAUCCGUGAUUCCAUGACAAAAUUCAUCUCCGAAGAUUUUAAGUCCAUAGAGGUUGCACAGACCUUUGAACGCCCCAAACCUGCAUACCUCAAUCGGCCACUCAUCAUGAUUCUCGAAACUCUCGGAGUGAGAAUCGAUGUUUUUGAGCGUCUUCAGAGCGGCACGAUCUCGUCCGUACAAGCAGCUGCAUCGACUCUCGUUGGAGCUCAUACGUUGCUUCAGAAGUAUAACUUUGGCCGUGCUUUGAAGGUCACAAAGGUGCUAUCGGGCCUUCACAAACUUGGUUUCAGAGACAACGUCAACGACUUUUUCCGUCGAGCAAUGGACUGUGUUGUUUACGAUAUCCUAAGGGCCCUGAAGUAUCAGGCGCGAAUACUUCUUCCAAACAGUUUUACUCUCGUGGGUGUGGCAGAUGUUCAUGGAUAUCUCAAGGAGGGCGAGAUAUUUGCUUGUGUCCAGGAAGAAGGAUGCGACCCGAUUUACCUCAGGGGAAGAACGCUCAUUACUCGUUCACCAUGCAUACAUCCUGGAGAUGUCCAGAUUGUGAAAGCAAUCGGUCGCCCACCUCCAGGCUCACCGUUCAUCCACGAACCGCUGACGAACUGUGUGGUCUUCCCCUGUCAAGGAACGCACUCACUACCUCAGUCGCUUGGAGGCGGAGAUCUCGAUGGUGACGAAUAUUCUUUGAUUCAAGUCCCAGAAUUGUUCCCUCCACGCACUGUGGACCCUGCAGAUUAUGAACCUGUCGUCUUGAAGCACCUGGACGAAGGGAGGCAAUGUAACUUGGAUACGAACGAAGAAGUUGCCGACUUCGUAGCAGAUUUCAUAAUCCAUGAUAUUCUCGGAAUAAUCGCAACGAGGAACUUGAUCAUUGCCGAUCAAAGUGAUCGAAUGUCUGAGGAUCCUGACUGCCUGUUUUUGGCCAAGCUCGCCAGUCAGGCGGUCGACUUCCAGAAGUCGGGGACUCCCGCUAAAUAUACCAUGUUACCUAAAGAGCGAUCACAACUGAAGCCUGACUGGUACAUUGGGGAGCAAGGUCGCGAACAGGACACAUAUCCUAGCCCCCACGCGCUUGGUGCGCUGUACCGUGCCAUUGAACUCGGAUAUAUGGACGUCCCGACGAGUGGAAGGGGGAACCAUGACCUUGAUCGCGUGCUUGGAGCAUCUCGCAAUAAGGAUGUGUUCCUAACUUCUCUGAGAUCCCCCGCGCUACUUCGAGAUCCCCUAUCUAGCAAGCUUUUCUUAUAUUUGCGAAUGCACGGAUGCCGAUUCAUUCUUGAUAAAAGUCUUGUUUACGCUGAAACCCUGCCCACCAUGCAACACUUUUCUUAUCGCAUGCGGAACCUUUCCUAUCGCAUGUCUCUCACAUCACGACCUUUAUCUGAAGAGGAGUGUUGGGCUGGCGCUAUUCUGGACCACUCGCGCCUCCCAAAAGUCAGGAGGGAUCGGCAAGCCGAUCUUGUGGAUCGGUUGUCCAGGCUGUGUGAGGAGACACGCGGGAUGCUAAUAAAUGCGGCGCAGGGUGCUCAUGGACGGCUGGACCAGUAUUGGGCAGCGUGGGUUGUUGCCAGACAUUGCUCGUCGAAGGGUGUUUUUGGGGCAAAUUGCUUCCAAUUUUUGGUUCUAGGAGAAAUUUUUGCAUACUUGGAUGUAUAG